GGUUAUCUCAUAGAUAAAACUGUUAAUGAAUUCAUUUAAAAAUUCAGCCAUAGAAAUAAAUAAAUAAAUUUAUGAAAAUUAUUUACUAAUCGAAUUCAAGUGUGUGCAAUCAGUGUACAUUGAACUGAACGUGACCGUUAAUUAUGCAUAAAUUUGAAAUAAAGUUGAAAUGAAAUUUAAAUCACGUCUAAAGAAGUAAUACGUGAAAAUAAAGUGUAAAUUAAGGUAAAAGUGAAAAGUUGAUAGUUUUUUCGAACCCCUCCAGUUGUUCUAGGCUGUGUUCCCAUCGGUAUCCUGCAAGUCCCUGAUCAGUAAGCGGGCUGUGCUAAAACCUCUUGGAUUUUCCCUUUCUGUUGAAAGAAAUUUCGCUUACAUCCUUUGGUCGACUAAAACUUCGGAGACCAGAAAACCUCAGACGAUUAUAUAUUACAUAAAAUUAACAACGAUUAUGCUGCGACAACGAUCAUCGACGCAUUCAGAGGCGCGUACCAUCAGCAGACUACUUUGCGUAAAUCAAGAGUGAUGGUGUGGAAACGCGCUCGAUGGGGCCCGCUGUGAUGGCUGGAAUGCUGCGCCGUUCCUGGUCUCUGGCGACGGUGAUUCCUAUAAUAUUGGCACUCAAAAUUACCAUCACAAGCUCCCAAUUUCAUGAUGAACCGCAGCGCAAUCCAACACGACAAACGAUCUACGGACAGCAGCCUUUUUACCGAUACCCGUUCGAAAAUCGAAAUCCGUUCAACGAAGAUAGCAGUAGGCGGUAUGGUGACGCCCGGGGUUCUGUCACAACGAACGAUGAUAAUUCACCGUACAGAGAAUCGAAUGUUCUUAGCCAACCUCCGGUAGAAGGGUCUUUCUACGAACAGCAAGGGUACGGUCCUGAUUUGAAAACAUCACCACUCACAUCGACUCGGAAGAAGGAAAUUGGACCUAAAUCCAACUCAAUCGAGAGUUCCCUAGCGGCGAUAUUCAGAGGAGUGGCAUACGGGGUAUCUUCUGCUCCUACCACCACUCCUAAACCUACCACAACCACUUUCAUUUCUAUAGUUUCAAGUAGUUUACCCUCAGAACAGAAUUCGAAUAAAAAUCUUGAAGAUGGCUCAGGAGCAGAAUUGCAGCAUCACGUUGAAGAGAACAAUUUUCAGGACAUUGAAGACGUAGAGAACUCGAAAGAUGAAUUAGUCCCUUCAUCAAUACCCUCGACAACUCCGUCAACUGAUGUCGAGAGAGCAGGCAUAGAUGAUUGGCAGUCAGGCUUACAGGGGGCAUGGGAAGUUCACAUUUAUUGCUCCGCGGCAAGCUUUAGUCUACUGGCGAUCAUCUCUUUUCUGUGUAUUGUGAGAGUGCAUAUGUCGACUUACUUGCUGUCAAGGGGCUACUACAUUACUGCUCAUCUCCUGGUCUUCCUGGCUUCGUUUUUUAGGUGCGUUUCCUUCUUCCACGACCCCUACGCGAGCGGUAGUAAACUUCCCAAUGCUCUCUCAGACGUCCUCUUCAACAUCGGAGCGCCGUGCAUGACUGCCGCUUUUUCAGUUGUGGCUCUUGCGCUUUUAAACUGCGCGAGAAUAAUUUUAUUACCGCUGAACCUGCAGAACCCCUUAGUGUUUGGUUUGAUAAGCGGUGUAUAUAUUUGCAGCAACAUUCUGGUAGAUAUCUUAGCAGGGAUACACCAUAGAUAUAAAUGGACUGAAGCCCUCAGAGCCAGCGUCCAGGCCCUUACUGCUGGCUGGACUGGUGCCCUGUGCCUUGGAUAUGCGAUCAUAUUUUAUAGAAUAGAAAGAUCAGCCGCACGUCAACGGCAGGAAAUCAUGAGACUAUCCUAUAACCGAGAGAACAUGGAUAAUUUUUCCACCUUGCGUCGUUUACCGACUCAAGCGCUCAGCCGUGGAGCAAGAUUACUUUUAGUGGCAAGCUUCUGUGGCUUGGCCGUCUCCGUGCUGCAAGUUUACGGCCUUAUGACCCCAGUCGGAUUAAUACAACUACCACCUAAAGAACCGUGGAUGUGGUUUGGCUACCAAACAAGUUGCAGGCUCUUAGAGAUCAUCAUGUGGUCGUGUAUCUGUGUUGCUGCUGCUCUUUCUUCCAGUUCUCCGCUCGAUAAACAAACAAACGAUGAUCAUAGCCUCGUCACGUUUUCUUGUAAGCGUUGCACGAGCUGCUCGGACAUCAGCUCGUGUCAGGAAUCUCCUGAUAAGAAACUCAGUGAGAAUCUCUACCCAACAAUGUGUCAUUCUAACUUAAGCGCCCGCAAUUUCAGUGUGGACGUAAAUGGGAAACUUCUGACUGAAGAUUGCGGUGCCAUCUCACGCAUGACCUACUCGCCGGGUCAGCGAGACACAGAGAAACUUAGCCGCAAGUCCAACACUCUUCAUUCCGCCACUUCAGACUUGCAUUUGCUAUGGGGAGGCCAGCAUUCGAAUUCGUCGACAUCACGUCCUGCUUCCAUGGUGUUCAAUGAGAACGGAAUUGUUAGAUUUAGGACACAGAAUGAGAACGGAGAGUUUCAUGAAGUCCAAAGAGGACCAUUCCCUAUUGAGGAAAUGCCUCCAGGAUACGCGGAUCAGAUGUAUAACGUUUCUCACCCGGACAAGUCCAGUUAUACUCUCGGGAGACUCAAUCACGGCCAGCUGGCUCAGCAUUUCAACGGCCGCUCUAAUAUUGAUGCGUUCGGGCGGACAAUGCCAGGAAAGUCACAGACUUCAGACAACGGAGCUGAGUAUAACUACUGCGAGAUCCCUUCAGGUGUGAUGAAUGAAUACAGUGGUUAUGCUAGCGCAUGUUCUUCAAUGAGUGCGGCUAAUAGCUUUGAUGUUAGAAUGUAUGAUGAUUAUGAGGUGGCCUCCUAUUAUCAUAGUCCUAUUAACGGACCAGCCUCAACUCAUGUCUAUGAUUCUUUGCGGCCUAAAGUUCAUUCAAACAUCACUCCUAAAAAAAUUAUUCGAAGCGUUAAAGUCCCUCCUAGCCCGUGCUUUUCUUCUCCUCGUUCAAUGAUAUCCGGAGUUGGAUCGCAGGGAAGUCCCAAAAACGCAGCGCUCCAUAAUUCCGAUUCUGACUUGUGUUCUUCAGCGACUGAUCGGACACAGAUUUGCUCAUCAAAAGGCAAUGAAGGCCGACGAGACGCUAAUGAAUGCCUUCAAUUCCAAAGGCCAUCGAUGAAGAGACACUCGUCCCAUCCCGGUCAAAUGCAAGAAGAGGACAGGAACGAAGGAGUAGCGCCUCUCAUGCCGAUGCAAAAUUAUCGGAAUCAGAUUAGACAAUCUAAGACCACAAUUAGUGGUGCGGCUAACUCUCCACCUAAUCAUUACUCUCCGUCAGACAGCGACGACUUGUAUACGCCUCUUAUGGGAGAUGGUAACGCGAUUCAAACUCAACCAAAUAAUUGUAUUGUAGUUGGAACUAACUCUCAUGACAAGGUGAUAAAUUUGUCGCAAAGUUACGAUUUGCAUGGAAACAGGAUGUGCUCGCCUUUCACGCCUAAUCCUCAGAUCAAGUCAGGAAAAUCUGAAGCCACGUCGCCUAGUCGUGUUGCUUUGGCUUAUGAUGUCAACUUGGAUCAAUCAUACAAACCAUCUGUGAACGACAUAAAUGACUCAGCAGCAAAAUUUUCUCAGAAUUGUUCGGAUUCUCGGUCACCGGAAUCUAAGAGCAAUCACUACUCAAUCGGGCUCGUUAACAGUCCAUUACUUCAAUCUCCAAGCCAUCCUAACCCAAGUGACUCAAUAAAUUCAAAGCAAGUGUCUCCGAGGCGCUCAAAAUUACCGGGAGAUUCAAUCAACGAGAAUUCUUCGAUUUUGGACGAGCAAAUUUAUCGAAAUGAUGCCGAUAUUUUACCCAUCGCUAGGCCGAUUCCGCCGCCGGUACCACACCGGCCCAGUCUCGCUGAGACUUGGGUCAACCAAUCCCGCGAUGGCUGCUCCACCAAGACUGAGUUUGUCCGAAAAUCCAGUCGGAAAGGAAAUAAAUCCUUGGCAUCUCCGACCAAAUCCACCGGGUCUCCUUCCUCUCCUGUCUCUAAUUUAUAAAAAUCAAUUGCAUUACGUUCGACAAAUGGAGUGUUGUUAUCGAAUUUCUCGCAGUUUUAAUUCGUUUUACUUUUAAUCAAGCUCUGCCUUAUCAAGCUUUAACGGAAAAUUUUUUGCUUUCAUUAUUCGCUCUUUCUCGUGUUCCCAAGAAUUUUUCAGUAAGAUUUGUUUAAAAUUUUUUUUCUCAUGUACAAAUUUCAUUCCUGAAGAAUUUUGCAGCUAAUUACCGAUUGGGAUCUUAUCCUUUUUAUGAGGUGACUAAAUCCGCUGAUUAUCACAACGAAAAACGACUGAACGAUUGAUUUUGUUGCAAAUUUUGUAAUUAUAUCAUGUAUCCAUGUCCAUAAGUACGUCAUAUGCGCUGUAUAAUAUAACAUAGAAUAUUAGGUUGUUCCUUCCGGUAAUAAAUGUUGGCUGUUAUUCCCAAUACCUUCAAUUUGUUCCUAAACAAUGAAGAUUUAUAUACUGUUGAAUGAAUGGACAAAAAUUGAAAGAUAAUACACACUUUUUUCAUUGGUGUAUGACGGGUUGGUGCUGUCAAAUUAUUAUUUAUUCAUUUAAUAAGAUCCAAACUUAUCCGUUUGUCCCUCAGUUCAGUUUCGGAACAGGCUUAAAGGAAUAAAAUUCUUCGCGAUUAGUUGUCCUUUUUAUUUGAAUUUAUAAACUAAAUUUUUCAGUCUUGAUUGGAACAUUGAGAGAUGAGUUAAGCAUUCUAUCAAAAUUCGCAUGUCCUUAUACUUGUAAAAAUUGUCACAUUCAUGCUUUAAAUAAUAGAAAAAUUUUAUUUUGAAUUAGUAAGACUGACUCAUUUUUUUGUAUCCUAUAAAACUAUCAUUUUGUAAAGUUUGUUCAUUCCGCGACAUAACUUUUUCUAUACAAUUUCGGGAUUAAUCAGCUUCCGGGAUGUGGUUUGCACGCACCCUUUAACUAUACUUCAUAUAAAGUUUAAAUCCUAAAUCUUUAUCAGAAAUCCUAAGCACUCGCUUGCUUUAUCGAGUGAAUGAACUCUCUCUGGAGAACCUUACACUCAGAGAAAUGUGUGAAAUAUUGUCUAAAUAGAGAUGCACCUAUUGCACUCGUGUGUGUCAUCCGUACCCAGUUUAUCAUCCAACAGAGAGCCAGUUGCGUGUAUCAUCCGGCCCUCUUCUCAUACUGUGUGUAAGAAAGUGUGUCACUAUUUGGACAACACCACCCGUUUAUUAUUCUGAGUGUACAUGUUUAGUAUGCAACACGACAGGCAUACGCGUGUGCGUGCUAAUGGCGUCAGGGGUGACGUCAACGAUACGAACAAAGUAGGAAAAAUAAUUAGUGAAUCAACGUAGCUACUAACAGGAUCUUACGUUACCAUCGACACAUUUAUUGUUAUCUCAUUUUUAAGCUGAAAUAUUCAUAAAUCUUUCAACUUUCGUUGUAAUCGAUAGCAUUCAUAUAACUAUUUUAGUAUAAUUUGUUUCGACCUUCUUUUGUAGUUGCCUAAUUAUAGUUAAUAACUUGAUUUUUUUGAGUACGUAAUCAGGCAAUUUUUUAGCAAUCGGGAAUUUUUUCUCAACCAUCAAAAUUUUUGUGAUAUGUAAGGUUUCGGCAAAAUUACAAGUUUGAUGCGGGAUGUGCAAUAAUGUAAAUUGAACUAACCAAAGAUGAUUGUUGCAACGUAAACUUCGACGGUCACUUUACAAAUAAAUAAAACUUUUCUCGAUUCCUUUAGUCUUGAAUUCCGCAAAAACUUAAGAAGUAAGGAUCGCAGCACAAAUAGAAAAAAUUUUCAUCAUUGAAAUUUAGAAGAGCGCAAUGCUAUAUCGACCUCCAUUGAUUUAAAUUUCUGUUUAAUUUCUCCUACCAACAAAUAUUAUAUUGAACUCUUAGGUUUUGAACUCUUAGGUUUCAUUAGGUUUCAAAUUCACUUCCUUCCAGGGAGCUCAAUGUUGUUACAAUUGAAUUGUGAAUAACUAGCAGUAUUUUAAUUACCUCUGAAAUAACUAGUGAUCGUGUUCAUUAUUAAGCACGUUUCCUUCAGCCUCAAGGUUAUCAAAAAAAGAAUUUCAUUUUUUUUUUGUUAAAUUUUAUGUAUGAAAAUUCAAAUUGUGGGAGGACGGAAAGAGGCCAUUAAAUCGUCACAGAAAAUGGUCCCGGCCAUUUUUCUUACCUUUUAAAAUUUAUCACUGCGAAAUUUAAGGCUACGUGGAAAGAGCCAAAGACUUUGAGAAGAGGUGACUGACGCUGAACUUAUAAAGUUCGAAAAUAUUUAAAGUCUUCUGUAACUCUACAAUCUACAGUUAGUAAUUUAUAAUAAAGCUUCCAAUACAUUUUAACUUUGAUUUAUCGAGUUUAACUUCACUGGGGGAAUUAAAGAGAGUUUAUUUAAAAAAAAAUCAUUUUUUCCAAGUGCGAAGUCGGUGAUUGCUCAUAGAUUAUGCGUUAAAAUUCAAAAGUUUAAUAAUGGGCCUUCCGCAUUAUGUAAUCAAACACAUAAGUCACUCAAAUAUUGGGAUUUAUGAUGCCAUAUUUUUUAUUAAUGAAAUUUGUGUAAUCUGCGCUAUACUCAACUGCGUAAUAAAAGUUGACUAAUUUGUAUUCUUUUUAGAGAAGUGCAAGGAAAACUGUAUAAACUUCACCGUGCCUGGAAUGAGCUUUCCAGCUCCUGAUGUUUAAAGAAAGUGAAAGCCCAUUGUUUCUCAAAUCAUUGACUGAAAACAAUCAUAAUUUUGUAUUUUAAUUGAAAAUCGUUGAUCGGGAAAUGGACCUCAUUAAUCUCUUGUUCAUUCUGCAUACAGAAUGUUAAAGAAAGGAGAAUAACAAAUUUUCAUUUAAUUUCAGAAAUAAAUUUUCGAUAAUUUCAAUAUCUCAAGCGAAUUAUUUUCUUCGCUCUGCAUAAAAAUUCCUUGUAAAUGCAGAACAAACCAUGAAGAAAAAUUCAUUCCGCAAUAUCCUCCCUUAUUUCCUUGUGUAUAAAGGAUACUCCGAUAGCUGUUGCACAUUGGAUUUUCUGUAGAUAUUGUACAGUUUGAUGGACCACAUAGGAUGAAGAUCUGUAGUAGUCCCUAUAUUCUAGGAUAUUUUUAUUAAAGGCACGUCGAUCUCGAAUAGAUGAAAUACCGGACAAUAAGCUAUUUGUAUAACAUUAUAGGCACGUGUUGUUGUUUCUUCUCUUGGCUAACUUUUAGGCUGUCUUCUUGCCUAGCAUCUUGCUUGAGUUUCUGCCCGACUUCUUACUUGAUUUCUGGGCUGUCUGCUGCAUGGAUAAAGGAUGAGCACUUGAGGCAUUCUUGAAUUAGCUUCGGCUGAUCAGCAUGGGUGGCCACUAAUAAAUCUACCUAAGAUUUUCAAAGAAUCAUCCUGUCAUGUUUUUGUAUUAUUUGUAUGCAUUUCAUUACUUUUUUCAUAUAAUAACGCGGUAGUCUCAAAAGACGACCGACCCUAAACAAGGAUAGUGAAGCUCUAGAAUUUAAUAGAGAUUGAAUUUAUUCUUCGCCCAUCGUUGUUUCUAUACUCGAUAUUCCAUUAUUUUUUGGUGGUGCAGACUACCUUCGAAAAAAAUGUUAAUUUUUUCUGCAACGAAAAGAUAUUUCAAAGGUAUAGGUUUUGUAAAUUGAGUUUAUAAAAAAUUUUUUGUUAAAUAUUCGUUCUUCGAGUCCCUCUUCUUCUCUUGCUGCAGCCACGACUUCGAACUUGUAUGUUCGAAAAUAUUAAUUAGUCCAAUUUAUCCGUCGUCGAUGUUAUAUUCAAUAAUUCUGGAAUAUUUUUCUGUGCUGGAAAUGCUGUUAGCGCGUGCAAAUUUCAUUCAGAAUUUCUGUUCAAUAAAGAUAACUCCGACACAAUGAAAGCCUCGUUAGAUUAAUUGAAAUAUAUUUUUUUUU